GCGUGGUGACUGAGCUAGUCUUGGGGUCCUGGGAAAGGGGGCUGGAGGAGUGCCCACAGCCUCCCCCCUAUGAGCUUGGGGCUGGCGGGGGCACAGGAGGUCGAGCUGACACUAGAGACGGUUAUCCAGACACUGGAGAGCAGCGUCCUGUGCCAGGAGAAGGGCUUGGGCACGCGGGACCUGGCCCAGGACGCUCAGACCACCAGCCUGCCUGCCCGCAUCAGGGAGAUUGUCACCCGCAACCUCUCCCGGCCUGAGAGCCCAGUCCCGCUGCCAGCCACGGAGAUGGCAUCGCUGCUGUCACUGCAGGAGGAGAACCAGCUGCUGCAGCAGGAGCUGUCCCGCGUGGAGGACCUGCUGGCCCAGAGCCGUGCCGAGCGCGAUGAACUCGCCAUUAAGUACAACGCGGUCAGCGAGAGGCUGGAGCAGACUCUGCGGCUGGAGUCUGGGGAGCUGGAGAUGCAGGAGCCCAGGGGGCUGGUACGGCAGAGCGUGGAGUUGCGGAGGCAGCUGCAGGAGGAGCAGGCCUCCUACCGGCGCAAGCUGCAGGCCUACCAGGAGGGCCAGCAGCGGCAGGCCCAGCUUGUGCAGCGGCUGCAGGGCAAGAUUCUCCAGUACAAGAAGAGGUGCUCGGAGCUGGAGCAGCAGCUGCUGGAGAGAUCCGGAGAGCUGGAGCAGCAGCGAGUGAGGAACACAGAACACAGCCAAGACCUGGAGAGCGCCCUCAUUCGGCUGGAGGAGGAGCAGCAGAGGAGUGCCAGUCUGGCCCAGGUGAAUGCCAUGCUCCGAGAACAGCUUGACCAGGCAGGCUCGGCCAACCAAGCUCUGAGUGAGGACAUACGAAAGGUGACCAGCGACUGGGCACGCAGCCGCAAGGAGCUGGAGCAGCGGGAGGCAGCAUGGAGGCGUGAGGAGGAGUCUUUCAACGCCUACUUCAGCAACGAGCACAGUCGCCUGCUCCUCCUCUGGAGGCAGGUAGUGGGGUUCCGGCGGCUGGUCAGCGAGGUGAAGAUGUUCACCGAGAGGGACCUGCUGCAGCUGGGAGGGGAGCUGGCCCGGACAUCACGAGCUGUCCAGGAGGCAGGCCUGGGACUGAUCACGGACCUGCGGCUGGCAGAGAGCCGGACGGAGGCAGCCCUGGAGAAGCAGGCCCUGCUGCAGGCCCAGCUGGAGGAGCAGCUGCGGGACAAGGUGCUCCGCGAGAAGGACCUGGCCCAGCAGCAGAUGCAGAGCGACCUGGACAAGGCUGACCUCAGUGCCAGAGUGACAGAGCUGGGCUUGGCAGUGGAGCGUCUUCAGAAGCAGAAUCUGGAGAAGGAUCAGGUCAACAAGGACCUCACCGAGAAGCUUGAGGCCCUGGAAUCCCUGCGGCUACAGGAGCAGGCGGCCCUGGAGACAGAGGACGGAGAGGGGCUACAGCAGACCCUAAGGGACCUGGCACAGGACAUGCGUGGGCGCUAUGAGGCAAGCCAGGACCUGCUGGGCACCCUGCGGAAGCAGCUUAGCGACAGUGAGAGUGAACGGCGGGCCCUAGAGGAACAGCUGCAGCGCCUGCGGGACAAGACCGAUGGCGCCAUGCAGGCCCAGGAGGACGCCCAGCGCGAGGUGCAGCGGCUGCGGAGUGCCAACGAGCUCCUGAGCAGCCAUAGACAACUAGAGCAGCUGGAAGGGAAGCGCUCAGUCCUGGCCAAGGAGCUGGUGGAGGUGAGGGAGGCGCUGAGCCGCACCACGCUGCAGCGGGACAUGCUGCAGGCCGAGAAGGCCGAGGUGGCCGAGGCGCUGACCAAGGCUGAGGCUGGCCGCGUGGAGCUCGAGCUCUCCAUGACCAAGCUGAGGGCAGAGGAGGCCUCCCUGCAGGACUCCCUGUCCAAGCUGAGCGCCCUCAACGAGAGCCUUGCUCAGGACAAGCUGGAUCUGAACCGCCUUGUUGCCCAGCUGGAGGAAGAAAAGGCCGCCCUGCAGGGCCGGCAGCGGCAGGCAGAGCAGGAGGCCACAGUGGCGCGGGAAGAGCAGGAGCGGCUGGAGGAGCUGCGGUUGGAGCAGGAGGUGGCACGGCAGGGCCUGGAGGGCUCCCUACGUGUGGCGGAGCAGGCCCAGGAGGCGCUGGAGCAGCAACUCCCCACGUUGCGCCAUGAGCGCAGCCGGCUGCAGGAGCAGCUAGCGCAGCUCUCCCGGCAGCUGAGCGGGCGGGAGCAGGAGCUGGAGCAGGCCCAGCGGGAGGCCCAGCGGCAGGUGGAGGCGCUGGAGCGAGCGGCCCGGGAGAAGGAGGCGCUAGCCAAGGAGCGCGCUGGCCUGGCUGUGCAGCUGGCGGCUGCGGAGCGUGAAGGCAGGACCCUGUCAGAGGAGGCCACACGCCUGCGCUUGGAGAAGGAAGCCCUGGAGGGCAGCCUGUUUGAGGUGCAGCGGCAGCUGGCCCAGCUUGAGGCCCGCCGGGAGCAUCUGGAAGCCGAGGGGCAGGCCCUGCUGCUGGCCAAGGAGACCCUUACUGGGGAGUUGGCGGGCCUGCGGCAGCAAAUAAUAGCUACACAGGAGAAAGCCAGUCUAGACAAGGAGCUGAUGGCCCAGAAGCUGGUGCAGGCUGAGCGGGAGGCCCAGGCCUCUCUGCGGGAGCAGCGGGCAGCCCACGAGGAGGACUUGCAGCGACUCCAGCGCGAAAAGGAGGCAGCAUGGCGGGAGCUGGAGGCUGAGCGGGCCCAGCUGCAGAGUCAGCUGCAGCGUGAGCAGGAGGAGCUGCUGGCCCGGCUGGAGGCCGAGAAGGAAGAGCUGAGUGAGGAGAUUGCUACCCUGCAGCAGGAGCGCGACGAGGGCCUCCUCCUGGCUGAGAGCGAGAAGCAGCAGGCCUUGUCUCUGAAGGAGUCUGAGAAGACGGCGCUGUCAGAGAAGUUGAUGGGUACACGGCACAGCCUGGCCACCAUCUCCCUGGAGAUGGAGCGGCAGAAACGAGAUGCCCAGAGCCGGCAGGAGCAGGACCGGAGCACCGUGAACGCUCUGACGUCCGAGCUGCGGGACCUACGGGCCCAGCUGGAGGAGGCUGCUGCAGCCCAUGCCCAGGAGGUGAGGAGGCUGCAAGAGCACGCCCGAGACCUGGGCAAGCAGCGGGACUCCUGUCUUCGCGAGGCAGAAGAGCUUCGGACCCAGCUGCGUCUGCUGGAGGAUGCCCGUGAUGGGCUGCGGCGGGAGCUGCUGGAGGCCCAGCGCAAGCUGCGUGAGAGCCAGGAGGGCCGGGAGGUGCAGCGCCAGGAGGCAGGCGAGCUGCGGCGCAGCCUGGGCGAGGGCGCCAAGGAGCGCGAGGCCCUGCGGCGCUCCAACGAGGAGCUUCGAGCCGCUGUGAAGAAGGCAGAAAGCGAGCGCAUCAGCCUGAAGCUUGCCAAUGAGGACAAGGAGCAGAAGCUGGCACUCCUAGAGGAGGCACGGACAGCCGUGGGCAAGGAGGCCGGGGAGCUGCGAACUGGGCUGCAGGAGGUGGAGCGCUCGCGGCUGGAGGCUCGGCGGGAGCUGCAGGAGCUCCGGCGUCAGAUGAAGAUGCUGGACAGUGAGAACACCAGACUGGGCCGGGAGCUGGCGGAGCUGCAGGGCCGCCUGGCGCUGGGCGAGCGGGCAGAGAAGGAGAGCCGGCGGGAGACCCUGGGCCUCCGGCAGAGGCUGCUGAAGGGCGAGGCCAGCCUGGAGGUGAUGCGACAGGAGCUCCAGGUAGCCCAGCGGAAGCUGCAGGAACAAGAAGGCGAGUUCCGGACCCGCGAGCGACGCCUGCUGGGCUCCCUGGAGGAGGCGCGUGGCACUGAAAAGCAGCAGCUGGACCACGCCCGCGGCCUAGAGCUGAAGCUGGAGGCGACCCGGGCGGAGGCUGCAGAGCUGGGCCUGCGGCUGAGCGCAGCCGAGGGCCGGGCACAAGGCCUGGAAGCCGAGCUGGCCCGCGUGGAGGCGCAGCGGCGCGCGGCGGAGGCCCAGCUGGGUGGCCUGCGCUCGGCUCUGCGCCGGGGCCUCGGCCUCGGUCGUGCGCCCAGCCCAGCCCCGCGGCCGGUGCCCGGCUCCCCUGCCCGGGACGCACCCACAGGAGGAAGUGGGGACGGGCUCAGCAGCCCCAGCAACUUAGAAUGCAGCCCUGGGUCCCAGCCACCAUCUCCAGGACCUGCCACCUCCCCGGCUCCUCCAGACCUGGACCCGGAGGCUGUGCGCGGGGCCCUCCGAGAAUUUCUGCAGGAGCUGCGCAGUGCCCAGAGAGAACGGGAUGAUCUUCGGACCCAGACCAGUGCCCUGAGUCGCCAGCUGGCUGAGAUGGAGGCGGAGAGAGACCACGCAACCUUGAGGGCCAGGCAGCUGCAGAAGGCGGUGGCUGAGAGUGAGGAAGCCCGGCGCAGUGUGGAUGGGCGGCUGAGCGGGGUCCAGGCGGAGAUGGCGCUGCAGGAGGAGAGUGUGCGGCGCAGUGAGCGGGAGCGCCGGGCCACGCUGGACCAGAUAGCCACCCUGGAGAGGAGCCUGCAGGCCACCGAGAGCGAGCUCCGGGCCAGCCAGGAGAAGAUCAGCAAGAUGAAGGCCAAUGAGACAAAGCUGGAGGGCGACAAGCGGCGCCUGAAGGAGGUCCUGGACGCCUCCGAGAGCCGCACUGUCAAGCUGGAGCUGCAGCGGCGCUCGCUUGAGGGGGAGCUGCAGCGCAGCCGCCUGGGCCUGAGUGAUCGCGAGGCCCAAGCCCAGGCCCUCCAGGAUCGGGUGGACUCCCUGCAGAGACAGGUGGCAGACAGCGAGGUGAAGGCAGGGACCCUGCAGCUGACUGUGGAGCGGUUGAAUGGGGCCCUGGCCAAGGUGGAGGAAAGCGAGGGGGCCCUGCGGGACAAGGUGCGGAGCCUGACAGAGGCCCUAGCCCAGAGCAGUGCCAGCCUCAACAGCACCCAGGACAAGAACCUGCAUCUACAGAAGGCUCUGACCGCCUGUGAACAUGACCGCCAAGUGCUCCAGGAACGGCUGGAUGCUGCCCGGCAGGCGUUAUCUGAGGCACGGAAGCAAAGCAGCUCUCUGGGCGAGCAGGUGCAGACGUUGCGAGGCGAGGUGGCUGACCUGGAGCUGCAGCGGGUAGAGGCCGAGGGCCAGCUACAACAGCUACGGGAGGUGCUGCGGCAGCGGCAGGAGGGUGAGGCUGCAGCCCUGCACAUGGUCCAGAAGCUGCAAGAUGAGCGGCGGCUGCUGCAGGAGCGCCUGGGCAGCCUGCAGCGCGCCCUGGCUCAGCUGGAAGCCGAGAAGCGGGAGGUGGAGCGCUCAGCCCUGCGGCUGGAGAAGGACCGUGUAGCCCUCAGGAGGACGCUGGACAAGGUGGAGCGGGAGAAGCUUCGUAGCCACGAGGACACAGUGCGGCUGAGCGCAGAGAAGGGCCGCCUGGACCGCACCCUCACGGGAGCUGAGCUGGAGCUGGCAGAGGCGCAGAGGCAGAUCCAGCAGCUGGAGGCGCAGGUGGUGGUGCUGGAGCAGAGCCACAGCCCAGCCCAGCUGGAGGUAGAUGCGCAGCAGCAGCAGCUGGAGCUGCAGCAGGAGGUGGAGCGGCUGUGCAGUGCCCAGGUGCAGACUGAGCGCACGCUGGAGGCUCGGGAGCGGGCCCACCGCCAGAGGGUGCGUGGGCUGGAGGAGCAGGUGUCCACACUGAAGGGACAGUUGCAGCAGGAGCUUCGAAGGAGCUCAGCACCCUUCUCCCCACCCUCCGGCCCCCCAGAGAAAUGAACCCCUGCUGGCAUCUGGAAAAAGGCCCUAUGCCCGGGACAGGGGAGGGCCCUCCUUUUGGACAGCCCACCCUCCAGAGCCCAGUCCCUUGGGGGCCUCAAGCUAGGGUGGGAUGAGGAGGCGCUCCGCUGGCAGUGCUGAGGAGGGGUACUCCAGCUCCAGGCCUGGCGAGGCUUCCCAGCAUCGCCUGCAGGCCCCACCUCAGUCCAGCCUCCCUCUUCCAGGAUGAGCCACUGUAGAUAGUACAAGUUCCUCCCUGAGGGGCUGAGCCGUAGCCAGGGUUGGGGAGAGCCCUCGUCUCUGGUCAGCCCUGGAGCAAGGGUUCGUGGGAAAGAGGAGAGGGGCCAGGCCCAGGGCAGGGGUCAGAGGCCCAGUCCCUGACUCUGGCUUCCCAGGGAUCUGUCUGCCUUAGUUGAGAGUGUGUGUCAGGAAAUUCCUCAGAAUGCUCAGAGUCCCUGUAUUUUUAUACCUUUUUACAAUGUUAACUGUUCAGAACUGUUUUUUGUAACAAGACCUCCUUUUCUAAAA